GCUCGGUUAAACGGUUCCCCACCGCCACUCCGUUUCGCGUUGCACUGUCCCGCACCUUUAUCUGCGAACCCAACGUCUUGAACUUGUCCUGAACUCGAAUUCUAAGGUAGUUCCGAAUACCGUCUGCCUUCCCGCGUACCCAUACGCCAACCCACACCACUACCAAUCAACCCAAAAUUUGCCAUGUCUCGACGGCCCCCGAACCCCGCUGCAGAGCGGGCAGCGCAAAACCAGCAGACGAUUAAGAACCUCCUGAAGCUAGAGCCUAACAAGGUGUGCGCCGACUGCAAGCGCAAUAAACACCCGAGAUGGGCGAGUUGGAACCUCGGCGUGUUCGUCUGCAUCCGCUGCUCGGGCAUCCACCGCGGAAUGGGCACUCACAUCAGCCGAGUUAAGUCGGUCGACUUGGACGCAUGGACCGACGAGCAACUACAGAGCAUCCUGAACUGGGGCAAUGCGCGCGCGAACAAGUACUGGGAGGCGAAGUUGGCGGCGAACCAUGUUCCCUCCGAAGCCAAGAUCGAGAACUUUAUCCGCACAAAGUACGAGCUGAAGAGGUGGGCGAUGGAAGGACCCAUCCCGGAUCCCGCAACACUCGACGCAGAUGGCGAUGACGAUGUACCACUGAGCGUUGUUAAGGAGAAGCAAAACGUGGAACGCCGUGAAUCCGUCCGCAAAGCAUCCGUCGGCCGGUCAGCAGCCCCUCAGGCCGAUCUUAUCGGAGGGGACCAGGUUGCGGCUCCGGUACCACCGCCGCUGAGAGCCAGUAGUACUGGACCGACGGCGAUGCAAGUACCUCCAAAGUCUGGGCCCGCCCCGCCCAAGGCAACCAGUACAAAGGACUCGCUACUUGGGCUCGAUUUUCUGGGCGGUGAGACCACCGCGCCGCCGCGACCAGCCAGCACCACGGGUACACCUAGCAGCGGCCACUCACGUCCGGAUCUUAAGCAGUCUAUUCUCUCUCUUUAUGCGACGGCUCCGCGGCCGCAACCCCAGCCGGCCGCCCAACAUGUGUCCCAUGCUCCGUCGGGUUCGUUUGGCGGAAUGUCCUCCCCCACCGGCAUGAGCCAGGUGCAGAACCCAGCGGGCGGGCUCAAUGACGCAUUUAGCGGUUUGAGCUUUGCCAGCGCACCAUCUCCUAAGCCAGCCCAAAACGAUGCCUUUUCCGGCCUCGGCUCCUUCGGGUCCCCCCGUCCUGCCCCUCAAUCGAGCGGCUCCGCCUUCUCAGCGCUGAGUGGCGGCAGCUUCUUCGACUCGAAGCCGGCGGCUGCCUCGCAGCAGCCGAAACAGUCCGUUGGUAGCCCAUCAGGCUGGGGUUCUGUUGCCUCCCCCGCGGCAGCACCCAAACCCGCUCCAGCGCCCGCGUCCUCUGCACUGGGCGACUUAUUUGACUUCUCCGCAUCUUCCGCGCCCGCACCCGUUCCUCAGCCUGCGCUCGCCCCGACCACGACGACAACCGGUUCCUCAGUCUUCAACUUAUCCGCAACGCAGCCGAAGCCCAGCCCUCCGGCCGCCACGGCUAGUUCAAACCCAUUAGGUUCACUGGGCGGGGGCAACUGGGGGGGUUCGGACGUCUGGGGCGGCAAUGCGUGGGCUUCGGCUGAAGCGCCCAAGGCUACUCCGGAGCCGGCAAAACCGUCUGCACCUGCGGCGACAAACGACAUGGGAUGGGCCUCGCUCGCCAGCCAGCCCAUCGUUCCCGGCUCGUCAGGAGGAUUUGCGCCCAAGGUCGCGGCAGACGAAGAGUUUGGUGGGUGGACCAGCAGCACAACGACGUCGAAUACAAACAAUACAUCCAAGCCGGCGUCCGGAUUUGGGGGAGGGGACGACUUGUUUUCGAAUGUGUGGCAGUGAGGCUGCGUGGUGCUCUCGAUAGGGGUAAGGUAGUUGUACCUAGACAAAGGGGCGUCUUGCCUGGUUGUUUCGGUCCUCAUGUACAUGAAGCGCAUAGCGAGGACGAGGAAAAACAGGAGGCCGGGUUGCUUUGCUUUGCGGAAGACCGGCUUCAUGAGCCAAGAUACAUUAUUUCUGACACAUCACGAAGU